UGUCAAUCAUUGGGAGAGAAAGAGACAAGGUUCAAGAUCUUCAAGGAAAACCUACGGUUUAUUCACGAACAUAACAGCACUGGGAACAAACCCUACAAGCUUGGCUUGAACAAGUUCGCCGAUAUCACCAAUGAAGAGUACAGAGCCAGCGAUUGCUCUCUGGUAACAAGAACUGUGACCGUUACGUAUUCCGUGAAGUUGCCUGCUUCUGUUGAUUGGAGGGAGAAGGGCGAUGUCUCCCCCCUUAAGGAUCAAGGCCAAUGCGGGAGUUGUUGGGCAUUCUCAACACUUGCUGUGGUGGAAGGGAUCAAUAAAACCGUGAGGGGGGAGUUGAUAUCUCUGUCAAAGCAAGAGUUGAUGGUCUGGUUCUGUUCUUAAUUUAUCUCAGAGUUCCACUGACUCACCGAUUCCAACCAUCAAAACCCUAACUCGGAUCCGUACCCUACAACAUGGCUUCCAGUAAUCACCUCCUCCUACUUAUUUUUCUAAUAUGUUUUUUCAAUUUUAAUAAGCUUGGAUUUUUAUUUUUUAUUUUAGUGCAUUGAAAACCCUAUCUGA